AUGUCAGUUACAAUAGGAGAAUCAUCACUUAAUUUAGACAAAGAUAUUGAACGAGCAAUUGUUUUGCUAGAUCGUCUUCGAACAACAAGUGAAAUUCCUGAAGCAAAAUUAACAGAAUUACAACGAAUAUUUCAAAGUGAUUUUUUUCAUGCUGUACGAGAAGUUUAUGAAAAAAUAUAUGAAACAGUUGAUAUAAGUGGUUCACCUGAAGUUCGAGCUAAUGCUACAGCUAAAGCAACUGUUGCUGCAUUUGCUGCUAGUGAAGGUCAUUCACAUCCACGUGUUAUUGAAUUACCAAAAACUGCUGAAGGUUUAGGAUUUAAUGUCAUGGGUGGUCGAGAACAAAAUUCGCCUGUUUAUAUUUCACGUAUUAUUCCAAAUAGUGUUGCAUGGAAACAAGGUGGAUUAAAAAAAGGCGAUCAGUUAUUAUCUGUUAAUGGUAUAUCUGUUGAAAAUGAAUAUCAUGAAAAAGCAGUUGAAUUACUUAAACAAGCCCAAGGAAGUGUCAAAUUAGUUGUACGUUAUUCACCACAAGUUUUAAUUGACAUGGAAAAUCAUUUUGAAAAACAAAAUGCAUCGAAAAAACCACCAGUUUCACCAGUCAAUAAAUAA